CAUGAUGUUGUUUAUGUUUUAAGCAGCUCAAUUUCUAUUUUCAUUCUAAAACACGUGUCAAUAUGAAAGCAAUCAAUUCAAGCCAUCAAUGCAUAUGAUAUCUGUACUAGCAUGUGAAUCGCCGGCAAGUUGGAUGGUGAUGGCGUACUAUUAAUUUCUUAUACAUCCUUGUGAGAGGUCACCCGUUGUAAUCCCAGUCGCUUGUGAUUGACUGCAUCCAUUGAUCCAAUAAAAUAAACACUACCAAAAUUGAUUGCUCUGUGACUGCUCUGUGACUGUCACUUCUGUGACAUAAAUUAACAUGGAACUGAUAACGCUAAUAAACUUUGAGCAAUGUGUUGAUCAAUAAUAACACCCAUAAAAUUACCUUCAUCAAGUAACUUCCAAAGAGGCACAGAGUAGGCCUAAUGGGCAACUGACGGCUACAAUGAUUGGAUGGGUGUCGUUCACAGUUGCUGUGCUUUCAUCUGUACUGUGGCUUGCUUUGUCUGGACAUGGAGAAUGGUGGAAGAUGCCUUCACUUUGGGACAUGGUUGGUGAUAGUUCUCACAGUGAAAAUAUCACAGAGAGGUUGGAUUUGCAGAACUAUGACUUAGUGACCGUCUACAAGAUGGGGAUCAUAGAAGACACAUCUGAUGAAAAGUCACAUAUUGAAGGUUUUAGAAAGCAUGCAUUUAAUGAACUAGUCAGUGAACGACUUGGCUUCCAUCGACCUAUUCCUGACACCAGAAACACAUUGUGUAAACAACAACAGUACCCACCAGAUUUACCCAAGGCGAGCAUCAUUAUCUGUUUUUACAAUGAAGCAUGGUCGACGUUGCUGCGAACAGUCCACACCAUUAUUGAUCGCACCCCUCCCAACCUCCUAGAAGAGAUAAUCCUCAUAGAUGACUUCAGUGACAUGGGUACGCUAUGGGUUAACAUGUGUGUUCUUUACCAGCUUUCCAGCGAUUGUAAACUGAUGACAAUUAUAAAAAGUCUGUAUGACUCUUUACUUUGUGAGAUAUUUCAGUACAUGGGUGGGGUGUAUCUCAGUGGUAAAGUGCUUGGUCAAGGUGUGAUGUCAUACUCUUAUUUUAUGAUAUAUUAAGGUACAGGGUGGAGUGUAGCUUGCUUGAGGUGUGAUGUCAUACUUUUAUUUUAUGAUAUAUUACUGUACAGGGUGGAGUGUAGCUUAGUCAAGGUGUGAUGUCAUACUCUUAUUUUAUGAUAUAUUAAGGUACAGGGUGGAGUGUAGCUUGCUUGAGGUGUGAUGUCAUACUCUUAUUUUAUGAUAUAUUACGGUACAGAGUGGAGUGUAGCUUGCUUGAGGUGUGAUGUCAUACUCUUAUUUUAUGAUAUAUUACGGUACAGAGUGGAGUGUAGCUUGCUUGAGGUGUGAUGUCAUACUCUUAUUUUAUGAUAUAUUACGGUACAGGGUGGAGUGUAGCUUGCUUGAGGUGUGAUGUCAUACUCUUAUUUUAUGAUAUAUUACGGUACAGGGUGGAGUGUAGCUUGCUUGAGGUGUGAUGUCAUACUCUUAUUUUAUGAUAUAUUACGGUACAGAGUGGAGUGUAGCUUGCUUGAGGUGUGAUGUCAUACUCUUAUUUUAUGAUAUAUUACGAUACAGGGUGGAGUAUAGCUUGCUUGAGGUAUGAUGUCAUACUCUUAUGAUAUAUUACGGUACAGGGUGGAGUGUAGCUUGCUUGAGGUGUGAUGUCAUACUCUUAUGAUAUAUUACGGUACAGGGGUGGAGUGUAGCUUGCUUGAGGUGUGAUGUCAUACUCUUAUUUUAUGAUAUAUUAUGGUACAGGGUGGAGUGUACCUUGCUUGAGGUGUGAUGUCAUACUUUUAUUUUAUGAUAUAUUACGGUACAGGGUGGAGUGUAGCUUGGUCAAGGUGUGAUGUCAUACUCUUAUUUUAUGAUAUAUUACGGUACAGGGUGGAGUGUAGCUUGCUUGAGGUGUUGUGUCAUACUCUUAUUUUAUGAUAUAUUACGGUACAGGGUGGAGUGUACCUUGCUUGAGGUGUUGUGUCAUACUCUUAUUUUAUGAUAUAUUACGGUACAGGGUGGAGUGUAGCUUGCUUGAGGUGUUGUGUCAUACUCUUAUUUUAUGAUAUAUUACGGUACAGGGUGGAGUGUAGCUUGCUUGAGGUGUGAUGUCAUACUCUUAUUUUAUGAUAUAUUACGGUACAGAGUGGAGUGUAGCUUGCUUGAGGUGUUGUGUCAUACUCUUAUUUUAUGAUAUAUUAUGGUACAGGGUGAAGUGUAGCUUGCUUGAGGUGUGAUGUCAUACUCUUAUUUUAUGAUAUAUUACGGUACAGAGUGGAGUGUAGCUUGCUUGAGGUGUUGUGUCAUACUCUUAUUUUAUGAUAUAUUACGGUACAGGGUGGAGUGUAGCUUGCUUGAGGUGUGAUGUCAUACUCUUAUUUUAUGAUAUAUUAAGGUACAGGGUGGAGUGUAGCUUGCUUGAGGUGUGAUGUCAUACUUUUAUUUUAUGAUAUAUUACGGUACAGGGUGGAGUGUAGCUUAGUCAAGGUGUGAUGUCAUACUCUUAUUUUAUGAUAUAUUAAGGUACAGGGUGGAGUGUAGCUUGCUUGAGGUGUAAUGUCAUACUCUUAUUUUAUGAUAUAUUACGGUACAGGGUGGAGUGUAGCUUGCUUGAGGUGUGAUGUCAUACUCUUAUUUUAUGAUAUAUUACGGUACAGGGUGGAGUGUAGCUUGCUUGAGGUGUGAUGUCAUACUCUUAUUUUAUGAUAUAUUACGGUACAGGGUGGAGUGUAGCUUGCUGGAGGUGUGAUGUCAUACUCUUAUUUUAUGAUAUAUUACGGUACAGGGUGGAGUGUAGCUUGGUCGAGGUGUGAUGUCAUACUCUUAUUUUAUGAUAUAUUACGGUACAGGGUGGAGUGUAGCUUGCUUGAGGUGUGAUGUCAUACUCUUAUUUUAUGAUAUAUUACGGUACAGGGUGGAGUGUAGCUUGCUUGAGGUGUGAUGUCAUACUCUUAUUUUAUGAUAUAUUACGGUACAGGGUGGAGUGUAGCUUGCUUGAGGUGUGAUGUCAUACUCUUAUUUUAUGAUAUAUUACGCUACAGGGUGGAGUGUAGCUUGGUCGAGGUGUGAUGUCAUACUUUUAUUUUAUGAUAUAUUACGGUACAGGGUGGAGUGUAGCUUGCUUGAGGUGUGAUGUCAUACUCUUAUUUUAUGAUAUAUUACGCUACAGGGUGGAGUGUAGCUUGGUCGAAGUGUGAUGUCAUACUUUUAUUUUAUGAUAUAUUACGGUACAGGGUGGAGUGUAGCUUGCUUGAGAUGUGAUGUAAAAAAAAGAAAAAAGAAAUGUUUUAUUUAAUGGCGCACUCAGCACAUUUUAUUUAUGG